UGUGACCUCGGCAUUACGUUGUUGAAGGUUAUUGUUUUGACUUUCACUGUAAAAGCGCGCUAUGAUUAAACGUAUCGAAAGCAUUAGCAAAGUCCAAAAAUGCCGAAACAACGAAGUUACCAGUGUCCAUCGAGUGACGAUUGUAGUCACGUAGGGAUAUUAAAGCAAAGUUCAUCGCACUGCCAGCGCGAAAACCAAGUUGACAGGAUUUCAACAAAUUAAAUGUUUUAAAAUAAAUAUUUAGGCACUCACAAGAUUACUUCUCAACGACUUUACUUGUCGACGAGUUAAUAAAAUCGGACGAUAGUUAAGUUCCUCCGUUUUAUCACCUUUCUUAUGUACAAGAGCAUUAUUAGCUCUUUUAGGCGAACUUGGAAAAAUACCGCAUUUCAAAAUAUGAGUAUUUAUAGUACAAUGUGUUUCAGACAUGAGUAGUGCAAUAAGCUUUAGAUGAAAUACUGAAAUGUUAUCUAAGCUAGGGCUAGUAGUCUUCAGAGCUAAUGCCACGGAUCAUACCUCAUCUGUAUCUACGGGAAAGAGAAAAGAAAUAUCGAUUGUAGUGAUGAAUGGGAUAAGUAUAGGUCAUCAUACGACUGCUGUAUAUGUUAUGUAAAAGUAGUCAGUGAAAGAAUUUGCUAUGCUAGAAGAAUGAGUAAGAGUUCUGUAUAUUGUUGUAAUUUCAUUUAUCUGCAGUAUUACCGGACUUAGGUGAACUUAUGAAUUUAGGAACCUCUUAAGUUGUUGUAAAUGGCCUUCUGAAGGAGAAACUAUAUCGUUUAGCUGAUAUCUGACCCCGGUUAAAGUUCUACCUGCGCCGUUUCUGUGAAGUUUACCCUUCUCACAAUGCAGCAAUACCAACAACAGCAUUGAGGAAGAAUGCUCGAUGGAGCCGGGGUCUCCUUGGCGGUUGGCAAUCCUCGACGCUGCCAUCCGCUCGGGCCAGGUGGCAGCACUGCUAUCCACGGCUCUCCAGCUGACCAUCAGAACCGGGGAAAUGGAGCAGGCUGCGGAUCUCCGAGGCAACCGCAGCACGGACGACGGCUCGGAGGGCGACGCGGCCACGGCGGGAGCCGCGACGGACCUGCGCAUCCUGCUCUCGGACAGUCCGCUGUGGGUGGCUGCCCUGAGCGACAGCGUCCCCUUUCUCGAGGCAGCAGAUUUCGCUUGCCGGGUGAGCGCGCUUGCAACGAGAGCGGCGGCCCUCAGGUUUACUAGAGAGAUUUAUCAUAAUAUGCUCUUUGAAAAAAAAAGAAAGAGGAGGGGGGAGAGUAAAAACGUCUUGACCGCUAAGAAACACUAAAGGACACAGUUUAUAUGGAUUCCUUAAAAACUAAACUUUCGUUAAUUUCGCUGCAAUAGCUUGAUGACUUGAAGAUAAAAUGAAGGUAAAAGCAACUUUUGUGAAUAUCGCGCCAAAAUAAAUUUCAAUGUUGGUACGUCCGUGUGAUGUCACAGAUUUCAAAGUAUUUCUUUUUUCGUACUGAGCCAUCGUGGUUCGAUAAAAGUUCUUGAAAAUUGCUAAGUUCAGUGUUAGGCUUUUUUUUUUCGAAUACAAUGCAGUCCACAGCUACCGAUAGCCAGAUAACUACAGGGUCCGAGCUGAUGGAAUCAAAAUCUAUGACGUCACGGCGGGGUGGUGCGGGAACUCCAGGGCGGCGCCGCCCCCCAUAUUUCGUUUUUGCAUGUUUUCCGUCUUAGCAAGCCUCUUCUCACGGUAAGAGCGUCUUUCUUUUUUAUUGAGGAAGCAUUACAUACUAAUUUCAGCUCCAAUAUUUUUAGUGUCUCUUUGAC